AUGGCUUGCGGAACUGUCGAUGCGGAGCUUGACUAUCUUCAACGGCUACCGCUCUACCAACGAGAGAAACCAUUCCAACUCUUCGUUCCAAUCCACGAGCGUGACCAGGAUGCGCGCUCCACAAAUCUUGAGUUCGAGAAGAGAACGCAAACAUUCGUUGAUAUCCGACACCGGGUCAACGACUUUUCACUGGACUCACAUGGAUUCCAAGUAGAGACCUCUCCAAGCAGGCUCAAUGCACAGUCCUUCGCAGACCAGAGCUUGAUCAAGAAGGAAUAUUUGCCGGAAGUUGAGAAUCUCCUGAAAUUGGUGGGAAAUUCUAACGAUAGGGUUUUCAUCUUUGAUUGGAGGUUGCGCGAUGCCGGGGCACCACGAGAGAGGGAGGACAAUGAGUUGGACAUGAAUGACUUGGCUACGUGGCUACGUCCCUCGCCAACGGUCCAUGUAGACCAGAGCGCAUCAGGAGUUCUUCACCGGGUGCUACUUCACUUGCCAGAUGAUGCACCAUUUCUAUUGCAAGGGCGGGUGAGGCUUAUCAAUGUAUGGCGGCCGAUCGGAAACUCCGUCCAAGAUUAUCCGCUGGCAUGUUGUGACUCCACGUCAGUUCUUGACGAGGAUCUGAUUGAAUGCGAUCACGUCCGGAGAAAGUUCAAAGGCUCUAAUCUCUAUGCACACCAUCGCGAUGGGCAGAGAUGGUACUACCUCGGCGAACAGCGACCGGAAGAGGUGUUGUUGAUCAAGAUGUUCGAUUCCGACCCAAGCAUCAGUGCCCAACGGUGCCCACAUGCCUCGUUUCGUCACCCUCUGGCAUCGUCAGAAGCAAAGCCUCGACGGAGCAUCGAAGUCCGAGCCUUGGUAUUCAGUCAGAUCCACGAUUCAGACCAGCCGCCCCCAACUGUUACGGGAGAUUGA